AUGAAAUUUUUGUUGGAGCUCGUCGUGCCUUGUUUUGGCUCCCACCAGCUCCACCAAUCAGCCGCAACCGCGGGUGAUUCGACGUCCACCGAAACGAAAUCGCUAAUGAAAGAGAGAAGGCGGCGGAAACGCGUUAGGGUUGCUGGUCAACCGGGUCAAGCGGCAGAGUGGAGACCGUCGCUCAGCGUGAUCUCUGAGCACAAGCCGGUGAUAACCGAGAUAUCGGAAAAGGGUGAACAGGAGAGGAAAGUCCGUCGGAAAAGUGAAGGCAGCGGUGGAGGAGACGCGUCGUCCCGAUCCGGCGGUGGUCAUGUUCGUUUCCGCAGUGACGAUUACGGGAGAAAUGCUUUCGAACCAGUAAUUCCGGCGUUCUCACCGACUCCAUUCAUGUUUUGA